UGAGACCUACUUCUAAUGUAGACCCAUAAUAAAAUGGUGAAAUUUGACCCAACUUCUCAGAUUGAUAAAAGUUUUGUCCCAUUUUUAAUUUGAUCUCAUUUUAAUGGAAUUGUGAGGGAGAUAAAAUCUGUCUUUUUUUUGUUUCCGUCAAAUUUAAAUUUGGUGGUCAGUCUGAUGUAGAUGGCUGAAGUAUAAAAUAGUAUAGAUGCAGUGUCUAGCGGAGACGAAGGCAUUUCCAUGGCCGCACAAACCCAACGAAUCACUGCCUAUCUCUCACGCUUCUACACAUUCAGGUACAACUCUCACUUCCUUUCUUCCUCAAAUUCCCUCUCUCAGUUCUCAUUCUCGACCUGUGAUUCACUUUCAAACUCUUCCAACAACGAACCACUCGAAAAUCCACCCACGUUCCACACUAUCACUCACGAAUCUCACAUCCUGAACGAGCUCUCUCAUCUCUUACCAAUCCCUCACAACCCAUCAAUCCAGACCCAAUUUGCGAACAAUCAACCAGAAUUUAGGGCCGUUGAUGGGUUUCUAGCACCCGAAGAUAAACUACGAGGCGUUUUUCUUCAGAAACUCCUAGGUAAAUCCGCAAUCGAGCACGCUUUAUCGAACACCGGUGUCGAAUUGAGUGUCCAUACUGUUGCCAAGGUAGUGAAUAGAGGGAAUUUGGGUGGUGAAGCAAUGGUUAUGUUUUUUAACUGGGCAAUCAAGCAGCCCAUGAUAAAUAAAGAAAUUGAUAGUUACCAUGUUAUUCUUAAAGCAUUAGGAAGAAGGAAAUUUUUUGAUUUCAUGGUCGAAAUUUUGCAUGAUAUGAAGAUGGAAGGAAUUACCCCUGUUUCGGAUACUCUGGAGAUUGUAAUGGACAGUUAUGUUCGGGCUCGGCAUGUGUCGAAAGCAAUCCAAUUUUUUGGACAAUUGGAAGAGUUUGGGUCAAAAUGUGAUACGGAGUCUUUGAAUGUGCUUUUAUUGUGUUUGUGUAGGCGUUCUCAUGUGGGUUUGGCAAAUUCUGUUCUUAAUAAAAUGAAAGGGAAGAUACCCUUUAAUUGUAUGUCAUACAAUCUUGUUAUUUGUGGGUGGUCGAAAUUUGGAAGAAUUAGUGACAUCGAGACGGUUUUGAGAGCAAUGAUGGAAGAUGGAUUUGAUCCCGAUUGUUUAACUUUUAGUUACCUUCUCGAGGGUUUAGGGAGAGCUGAUCAAAUUGAUGAUUCUGUUGAGAUCUUUAAAAGUAUGGAGGAGAGAGGGUGUGCGCCGGAUGCUGGUGUUUACAAUGCGAUGAUUUCUAAUUUUAUAUCAGUCGGUGAUUUUGAUGAAAGCAAGAGAUAUUACGAGAGUAUGUUGAGUAAUAACUGUAAGCCAAAUAUGGAUACUUAUACCACAUUGAUUACUGGUUUUCUUAAAGCUCGAAAAGUUGCAGAUGCAAUUGAAAUGUUCGAUGAAAUGUUAAGUCGAGGGUUCAUUCCUAUGUCGGGGACUGUAACGUCUUUUAUUGAACCUCUGUGUAGCUAUGGUCCACCUCAUGCAGCUUUGAUGAUCUAUAAGAAAGCAAGAAAAGUGGGAUGUAGUGUAUCACUGGUUGCUUACAAGUUGUUGCUUAUGCGACUUUCAAGAUUUGGUAAAUGUGGUAUGUUGUUGAGUAUAUGGGAUGAGAUGCAAAAGAAUGGGCACUCUUCUGAUAUGGAAGUUUAUGAGUAUGUCAUUAGUGGCCUUUGCAAUGUAGGCCAGCUUGAGAAUGCAGUCCUUGUCAUGGAAGAGUCUUUGCGCAUGGGUUUUUGUCCAAGCAGACUUAUUUGUAGCAAAUUGAAUAACAAACUAUUGUCUUCGUAUAAAGUCGACAUGGCUUACAAGCUUUUUUUGAAAAUCAAAGCUGCGCGUUGUAGUGAAAAUUCACGCAGACUUUGGCGUGCUAGAGGGUGGCAUUUUUGAGUUUCAAGUCUUACUCAACUGGCGAGAGCAACUACCUGAUGGGCCUGUCAGUCUUAUAUUUCUGGGAACAGGUUUGCAACUUUCGUGUAAAAGAAUAAUCUUUCAUAAGUGCAAUACUUGACCUUCUUUGGAUGCACUAAAGAUUAUAAAUGCAGUGGCCUCACAUAUGUUUCCAUUUUUUAAGCUUCCCUGUUUAUCAGCUGGCAAGUGCUGCAACUAUUCUGCACACUAUAUUGCCGAGUGCAUACUGUAAAAUGUGAAUCAACCAUGGCAAACUCCCAUCAUAUCCUUCUAUGCAUACAGGAAUUUAUGAAGGAAUGGUUGCCUUUUUGGUUUCAUAAUGACCUAGAUCAAAUUAGACAACACAAAAUAUAAGCACAUACUGGGUAAUUGAAGGGCUUCAUGAAGAUGCAGACAUUCAAUGCAUUGUUAUUUAGAAGGACAGGGCACGUUUUCCUUGGAUACCCAUUGUUCAUCGGUGCAUAGUAUGCUUUCCAUCUCUUCCUGGUAAGGAAAAACAGGUUUUGUUUGUCCAUUGGGCAUGUUUUGCAGUGCCAUCAUAGUCAAAUCAUAGUAUUCAAUGAUUGUCGAGAAAGGUGGGUGGCAAGGAACUUCCCAUGCCCUAUUGCUGAAGCCACUUCUGUUGUGGUAUAAUGUCACAGGGACAGCAGAAUAACUGCAAAAUGAGUCUUGAUUAGUGCCUUGUGGUUGUAAAGCAGACAGUGUGCUGGUUAUUGGUAUCUUUAUUAUCACUGCAGUUCUCGGUUCAGCGAUCCUUAGGCCUUGGGAAUAACGUUAGCCAGUAGUAAUCUGUGAGCUAACAAGACAAGAAAAAAUUGAAGAAGCAUGCGGUAUAACAACAUGCCAAGAAGAUAAAGAGAAUCCUAGGGAGCUACUAUUCUGGAUGGUGCAAUUAUUUUGUGAGUAUCAUAGGGGUGUAUUUGGAGCUGCCCACUAAAGUCUUGUUUCCUCUCUGGAAAUGUUUUGUAACUUAUAGAGGAGAGUGACCAGUCCAUUGCAUGUUCCAUUGCUUGCAUACUUACUACUUGUCAGCUUCAACAAUGGAGCUUAGGCUAUGAUUCUUAGUCCCGUGGCUGAUUUUUUACGACCCUAACUGGUAAAUCAACAGUUUCAAUCUGAGAAUCUACUGUGACAUGGUGGUUGUAUCUUAUGUAAAUUAAAAUGAUCAUUGCAUUCUAUAUGUUUAUGGGGCUGUGAUGAAAACCCUCAUCGCUUUCAAAUUAUUUGUGAGUGCACAAUUUAUUGCAAUAAAUGACCUUCUCAUGCGAUUUAUAUAUA